GCAAUUCACACCGGUCCCCGGAUCAGGCGGGGUCUUCCGUUCAUCUAUUCGAGGGUGGCGGGGCAAAUAAACGCUCGCCCUGAAAGAAGCCGAUCUGGAAGCUUAUUUCGUUUCCGUCCAGCCGCUUCCUACUUUCGAAAGCACAUGGGCACUGUGUUAUGCCCCUGAAGCCAGCGGAUGGAGUCCAUGGGAGAAUUUGACUCCGAGUGCCCCAUGGUGAAACGCUUCUGCCAGCAGAUGUCAGAGGACGAUUUUGAGCGGGAGGGCCUGACGUACACCCAGCAGGCACUGCAGGACCUGUUCGCUGCCAUGGAACAGCGACCCGAGCUGUGUGAGCGGGUGGUCCGCCGGAGAAAGCAGAUGGAGCUGGAACGCGGGGCUGUGGGCACCAGCAUGAAGGCCAAGUUCUUCUGCGCAGUGGAGGGUCAGAUGAACCGGUGCAACACGGUGGGUGCGGAAGAGCUGCAGGACAGGGUGGGCCAGCUGCGUGCAGAGAUGGAGAGGGUGCAGGCGUAUGCGCAGGAGGCUAAAUGUGCAACAAAGCGAUCCUCACAGCGUUUGGCUGACAAAAGGCGACCGCUGUUGGACAGAGCAGCAGGACAAGGAACACCCACCCCUUCCCUGUGUCCUGGAGUUCCACCUGUUCCUCCCCCCCCGCCUCCUCCCCCUCCUCCAGCCACGCCCCUUCGAGAAAACGCCAAAAUUCAGCCGGUUGCAGCCACGCCAGAUCUACUCACCAGCUACGGCCUCUCCCGUCUGAACCGACCCAUUAGCACUGUGGAGCUCUGCAGUCCCUUGCCUGGCGACUCGAAGCACUCGAACCCGCGCCUGGACAUCCAGACAGAGCUGCUUGCGUAUAACCCGGCCCAGAGACUGAAGGCAACAGGUAUCGCAAGGUCUCCUGGAGGCACGCCCACAUUGCGAGCACCAAUCAGGGACCAGAGGAGAUCUCCCAUCUCCGCCUUCAACACGGAAUUGCUCUCCAAAUUCCAGAAUGCACAGAGUCCCCCCCAGGAUGUCUCAGUCCCAGAAGCUCAGCCCAGCUCUGACAGUGAGGGGGACGGCUUUGUCACACCCCCCGACUCACCCUGAGGCUUCACUCUUCACCUGUUCCAAUGCUGUCAAAGAGCUUUCAGUCAGGAUCUACGCUUACUGUGAACCAAUGCAUCCCUUCCCUGAAUGAUCAAAUAAUACAAAUGUAUAAAUAUUCCGUGUCAGCCCCAGCACACUGCUCCUAAAUCUUUUCUGUCCUUUCAGAAGCGUAGGUCUACGCCUCUCUUGUAAUCAGCAGCAUUGUUUUUUUUUUUUCUUUCCCAGAAAGGAAAUCAUGCCAAAAAAUUGUGUACUUGCUCAAUAUAUUUCUGAGAUACUGGACAGAGAAGCAGAGAUCUUACCUUACUGCUGAGUCAUUGAAAUAGUUGCUUUUGUGGAUUUAUACCUUGACUGUUGUGUUCAGCUGGUGCAGCAGCUGCUUUUAGGUAAGAAGGGUAAAUGUGUCUCUAUUGGUGUUUUCUGCGGGCUGCAAUUCCAGCUGCUCUGGGACCAACCAAAAGCUCAUCUCAGGGAAUGUGCAACACAAAAGACACUAGAUCAAUGUUUCUCAACCCAGUCUUCAGGGACCCCCAGACUCAAAAUCAUGUUAAUAUGGGAUAGACCAAGAGCAGCUCCUCAUUGGAUGAAAUUCCCACAUGAGAUAAAGACCACGUGUUUAGUUGUUCUCCAGAAAUCUUGGGUUCUCUAAAGUCCUGCUUUCAUUUUGUUAACAUGGGGUAUUGAGUGUAGACUGAGGGAAAAAGUGAAUUACAAUGUUUUGAUCUUGCAUUCCAUUUUAGGUGAAGGGGUCUGAUUACUUUCUAAAUGCACUACACAUAUCAUAAGCAUUAUAAAUCCAUAAACGCUUAUAACUUUCUAAAAAUAUUCUUAUUGGCUAAAUACUCUAAUCUGCUUUUGUACUAACUUCAGUUCUGUGCAGUUCAGUCAUGUGGUUAAUGACAAAAUAAACUGAUCCAACAAG